AUGCAACUUCCCACAGAGAUCUACGAUCUCAUCACUUUCCAUGUCCAAAAUGCCGACUAUCCAUAUGAAAUAAAUACAGACAUCAGUCCCGAGAACAGGCCACGACGACAACUAGCAAAGCUGCGUCUGGUCAACCAAGCUUUUUGUCCUAGCGCAACACGGCAUUUGUUUCGACACAUUGUCAUAAGACUCUACGGCCGUGCUUCUACGAUCAGGGCUUUUCCGCCUUUGGUCCGGCUUAUUGAAAUUUCGAAAAGCCCGCUUGCGCAACAUGUUCGUGAACUUGAAAUUAAAUUUGAAGGGCCUUCAAACCGGGUCGGUGAUAGACCUGAUCUCGAAAACUUUGCGGCAAUUUUGUCGCCGUGCUUGGCUCGAUUUACAAAUUUAAAGAAACUCUCAUUCGAAACACCACGAAUGUUUUUCUCAAGGGAGGAUCCGAGAUCAUAUAUCAAUACUGUCGUUAUGGCGAUUUGCAAUGUACCUCUCCCAAAUCUUGUAGGACUUGUGUUGCAUUUUCCGAUCUGCCACGAUUUCGGACAAUUUUUCUCUUCAAGUUUGAAUCCAGCACAUAUACCAAUCACAACUAUCCUUCGCCAACUCCGAAGCCUCGAAUUAGAAGUCUGUGCGUACGCCAGCAGUCGUGGUCGAGGAUACGCGCGCAUGCCAGCUCUGCCGCAACAUCUGGCAUUUCCAAACGAGACCUAUGCGUGCUAUUUGCAUCAAAUGCUCGAACCCGCAAUCAACCUCACAUCUCUCUCACUAAGCAGUAAGGACAUUUUAAAUCUCGACCCCGUCCACUUCUCGUCUUCGCUUCAGCUUCAGUCCCUGAGUUUGUCUGGCGUAUCCAUAUCCGCGCGCACUCUUCUCGCACUCAUACACCAAUCCAGCUCAACCCUAGAAUCCAUCUCCCUCAACCUCGUCAAAUUAAACAGCCAAACAUGGGAGGACGUACUACUCGAAAUAGCCAAGUUGCAACACUUGACCGAAUUCAGCGUUGAGUCAGGCGGAUACUCAUCAACAGGCGCAAGCGCUCAUCUAGCGACGGGCACACCGCGUAGAAACCGCAAGCCUAACAUCGAGACUCAUAGCAAGGGUGACCUGGUCGCUCUCGGGGCGUUGCAAUGCGCCGUGAAUACGAAUCGAGUCAAAGCUGGGCUUGAGCCUUACGGGACGAAUUAUUAUAUGUAUAUUGAUACUGUUCCCGAGAUAGAUCAAUUCCGGGCCUUUUACUUUUGA